AGGCAGGCAGCGGCCAGGAUUACGUCACCUCGGAGACCCAGCUGCUCUACUACCCUAGCAUCACCUACGCCAUCAUCGGCAGCUCGGUCAUCUUCGUCCUGGUGGUGGCUUUCCUCGCCUUGGUCCUCCACCACCAACGCAAACGCAACAACCUGAUGACCCUGCCGGUGCACCGCCUGCAGCACCCCGUGCUCCUCUCCCGCCUGGUGGUCCUCGACCACCCCCACCACUGCAGCGUCACCUACAACGUCAACAACGGCAUCCAGUACGUGCCCAGCCAGGCCUACCACAGGCCCCUGGACCUGGACUCUCCACCCUCCUACUCGGAGGCCGUCCUCGACCAAAGCAGACCACCUUGGUUUGACCUCCCUCCACCACCUUAUUCCUCUGAAUCCGAGUCCCCUCAUCAGCCAGACCUUCCUCCUUACCGAUCUCGGACUGGCAGCUUGGUGAGCACGGGCACCCCCCUGGCAGGAAGCCCCCAGGGCACAGCCAGCAGUUGGACAAGAGACAUCCAUGACAGCAUGGAUGGCCACAGAACUCUUCUGGAGAGGACAGCAGAGCCAAGUGAUUCUCUGGUCAACCCCAUUGCUGAAAGAGAAGUAUAA